UCGCCCGCCACUCUCGGAUUUCGAGCAUUCGAGUCUCCGGAAUUCAGGUUUCUGAGAAAUGGAGGCAAAACAGAAGCUAGAGUCUCUCCUGGACGAACUGUCCAAGUUCAAGAGGCUGCCCAGACUCUCAGCAGCAGCACGCGAUGUCGAUAAGAUUAUCGACCUGCUCAGCGAUGCACGCCAUCAGAUCGCCGGAGCAAUGGAUCCACACACGGCGAGCCUGACCAUGACGAAGCUCCAGAACCCCGUCAAGACGGCCUUCGACAAGGUCAACGACGACCUGAAGGCGGCAUCAUCGGCACACAAGAAGGUGGGAAGGGCCCUAGACAAGCACUUCCCUUUGAAAGAGCUACCCACCGACAACGACGACAUGGGGAGACAAUUGUCGCUCAUUAACCGCGCCAUCGCCAUGCACCUGCUACGAGAAGGCCAGUUCAGUGUGGCCUCGACCUUCAUAGGCGAGGUCCAGGCCAAAACCCCACAGGCCGGAGCUGCCACCUUUGAUGAGACCAUGGGCGAGGACGGCGACGAAGAAGACGAUGAUGACGACGAUAACGACACAGACGCCGACGGGUCCCUGGACCGAGCUACGUCUCAUGGCGACGAGUACGACCUCUCCUCUCUUCACUCUCAAGAGUUACAGGAUCGGUUUGCCGAGAUGUACCGCAUCCUCCAAGAGCUCAAGGCCCACAACCUGCUCCCGGCGAUACAGUGGGCGAGAGAGAACUCCGUUGAGCUCGAAGCCCGUGGCAGCAACCUCGAGUUCGAGCUCUCCAAGCUGCAGUUUGUCUGGCUCUUCAAAGGCCCCGCUGUCAACGGCUUGCCGGACGACCAAAACAACGGACUGUCGGGCGCCCUGGCCUACGCCCGAGAUCACUUUGGCCGCUUCCAGGCCCGCCACCUGCGCGAGAUCCAGCAGCUGGCCAGCGCCAUGGUUUUCGCGCCCAACCUGGCCGCCUCGCCCUACCAGCACAUCUUUUCCAUCCCGACCGCCUUCACUGACGUGUCCGCCUCCUUCACCCGCGAGUUCUGCAGCCUGCUCGGCCUGUCGGCGGAGUCUCCGCUAUACUUGGCAGUGACGGCCGGCGCGCUGGCCCUGCCGCGCCUCAUAAAGUACAUGCUGGCUACGCGGUCCAAGGGCACCGAGUGGACGACGGCGGGUGAGCUUCCUUUUGAGACGCCCUUGCCCGAGAGCAUGCUCUUCCACAGCAUCUUUGUCUGCCCCGUCUCCAAGGAGCAGACCACCGAGGUGAACCCGCCCAUGGUGAUCCCCUGCGGCCACAUGCUGGCCCGCGACACGCUGCAGAAGCUGUGCAAGGGCAACCGCUUCAAGUGCCCCUACUGUCCGAGCGAGGGGCUGAUGCGGGACGCUCGACGAGUCGUGCUGUAGGGCGGCGAGGCGUGGACCGCGACAGUGAUGCGCAUGAAGAUGGGGUGGGGGUCCUUGUACGCGUAUUACCCGGGCGUCGGGGAUAUCGAGGACAUUGCCGGGCUUGCUCUUUCUUUUUUUUUGUUUGUUUCUUCUUUUUGUUUUUCCAUUCUUACCCUUUGGUCUUUGAAGGAGAGGCAUAUGGGGCUAUUGGGGUUCCUGGCGAGGGAUGGAGCUGCUCUGCGUUUUGGAGUUAAUCUGGUACUUGUUUGGUUACUGGCAGGCGGGGGCAGGACAUGGCUCGGGUAAGUACACAUUAUCGGUAACGGACAACAGGAAGGGCGUCGGGGGUAGAUAGAUUGACAUUAUCCUUAUCAUUCAAUCUUGAAAUUCCCAACGGUUGAGGUGUUCAGAUCUCCAGGUUGCUUCAUCGCCACUGCUACUCCUGAGCUGUAUAGAUGGCAACACUUCAGAAUGCUUCUUCUAGCU